UAGAAGUUUGUGUCCCACACAAUGACUUCCACACCUACCAAUCACUCUACCAUCUAUUGUCCAAACAGGUCACCGUCUUCCUUCAUCCAUCAGCAACGACACAACACAACCCAAUUUCUUCUCUUUCCUCUUCGCUUUCCUCCAUGUUCUUCCGUAAGCCAUCACCAACUACCCCUCUGCACUCUCUUCCUUCCCAAACACCAUCCUUCUCGAAAUCCAAAGAACCCCACAAUCACAUAAUCACCAACAAGUUAAGGUACACCAUCUUCUUAUCACUCUUUCUUCUUUCAUGGCUUCUUCUUCUUCGCCAUCACCAUCCCCUCACACCAUCACAAAACCAAACUACCACAACAUGCCAAGGAUCAGGACCGUUGUUCUACAUCUACGCCCUCCCCUCGCGCUUCAACCUAGGACUCCUCCAACGUUGUCAGAACCUUAACAUCUACACCAACAUGUGCCCCCAUGUCGCUAACAAUGGCCUUGGCCAACCCCUUCCCACUCCCUCCUGGUACGCCACACACCAGUUCAUCGGAGACAUGAUCGUGCACGCGCGUCUUCAGAACCACCCCUGCCGCACCUCCGAUCCCCACGCCGCCCGUCUCUUCUACAUCCCCUUCUAUGGUGGUCUUCACGCUUCCAGCGUCUUCCGUGAGCACAAUCUCACCCUCCGUGAUGCUUUGGCCGUCGAUCUUGUUGACUUCCUCCAGAGUCAACCAUGGUGGAAAAGGAACAAUGGAAAAUGUGUUUGGUUACGUGUAGGGAAAGACCAUUUUGUUGCCGUGGGGAGAACAGCGUGGGAUUUCAUGCGCACAAAAGAUGGACCCGACUUCGGAGCAAACAUCUUCCUUAACCUACCCACUGUCCGAAACAUGUCGGUGCUAACAGUGGAAAGACAUCCCUGGCAAGGACACAACCAAUUCGCAAUCCCCUACCCCUCCUACUUCCACCCCAAAACCCUCUCCGAGAUGCUUACGUGGCAGAACACAGUUCGCCAACGCCCUCGUCCGUUCCUCUUCUCCUUCGUCGGCGGCACGCGUCCCAACCUCGCCAAAGCCAAGGUCCGUGACCACAUCGUGACGCAAUGCGACGCAUCGGAACGCUGCGUUUUGGUACAGUGCGCCAGUGGUGAUGCUCGGUGCCACAACCCCAUGAAUGUUCUGGAAGUUAUGAGCAAGUCCACGUUCUGUCUUCAGGCCCCCGGAGACUCCUUCACGCGCCGGUCAACCUUCGACUCGGUUCUUGCUGGGUGUAUUCCCGUGUUUUUCUCAGAACAUACUGCUUAUACACAGUACGUGUGGUAUUUUCCUACGGAGAGGGAUACGUAUUCGGUAUUCAUAGACGAGAGAGAGGUGAAUGAAGGGAAGAAGAGGAUCGAAGAUGUGCUUGCGAUUAUUGAAGAGAAAGAGGUUGAGAAAAUGCGUGAGGUGGUCAUUGGGUUGAUCCCGAAACUCACUUACACGCACCCCGAUGCGAGUGGAGUUGUUGGGUUUGAGGAUGUUGUGGAUGUCGCGCUGCAACAGCUCUCACGGCUCGUUUUGGACGAAACCAGAAGCUUGGUAAGCGCCGACAUUUGAACAUGUUGAAGCGCGUGCAUGGCAACAUGACAUUUUUAUAAAAGAAAUGAAUAAAAAAUGAAAGAGUUUUAAUCAUGAAUGGAAAAAUUAUAAACAUGUUCAUUUGU